UGGCAUCUUUGGAGGGUGGAUUGUGUGGUAUAUCAUAAAGUCUGGGAGACACGGAGGUCCUAAACUGACAUUAAACCCUUGCUGAGGUUCCUCCCCUCUCCAAACUUCAUUGUCUUCAGUUAAGCUGCAUGAUUGACCAUGAAUGCUAGUGGCCCUGGAUAUCCCUUAGCCUCUCUCUAUGUGGGCGAUUUACAUCCAGAUGUGACUGAAGCCAUGUUGUAUGAGAAAUUCUCACCUGCGGGCCCAAUCAUGUCCAUCAGAGUUUGUCGAGAUGUUGCCACACGCCGAUCUCUGGGUUAUGCGUACAUAAACUUUCAGCAGCCUGCGGAUGCUGAGCGGGCCUUGGACACCAUGAACUUUGAAGUGAUAAAAGGCCGGCCAAUUCGCAUCAUGUGGUCCCAGCGAGACCCAGGACUCAGGAAAUCUGGAGUUGGGAACAUCUUCAUCAAGAAUCUGGAUGAUUCCAUUGAUAACAAAGCCCUGUAUGAUACAUUCUCGGCCUUUGGGAAUAUUCUUUCUUGCAAGGUAGUUUGUGAUGAGAAUGGGUCCCGUGGUUACGGCUUUGUCCAUUUUGAGACCCAUGAGGCGGCAAACAGAGCAAUUGAAACAAUGAAUGGGAUGCUACUGAAUGAUCGCAAGGUGUUUGUUGGUCAUUUUAAAUCUCGACGGGAACGUGAGGCAGAACUCGGAGCCCGAGUAAUGGAAUUCACCAAUGUCUACAUCAAGAAUUUUGGAGACGACAUGGAUGAUGGCAGGCUGCAGGAAAUGUUUUCAAAAUUUGGAAGGACCCUGAGUGUCAAAGUCAUGAUGGACAACAUAGGCCGCUCAAAAGGUUUUGGAUUUGUCAACUUUGAAAAACAUGAAGACGCCCAGAAGGCUGUUGAAGACAUGAAUGGAAAAGAGAUCAAUGGACGGAUGCUGUAUGUGGGCAGAGCCCAGAAGAGGGUGGAGCGUCAGAGUGAACUGAAGCGCAAAUUUGAGCAAAUCAAACAGGAGAGAGUGAGUCGAUAUCAGGGAGUGAACUUGUAUGUAAAGAAUCUGGACGAUGGAAUUGAUGAUGAGCGACUUAGGAAGGAAUUCUCCCCCUAUGGAACCAUCACUAGUGCAAAGGUGAUGACCGAGGGUGGACACAGCAAGGGUUUUGGGUUUGUAUGUUUUUCCUCCCCAGAAGAGGCUACAAAGGCGGUGACUGAAAUGAACGGCCGGAUCGUCUGCACCAAGCCUUUGUAUGUUGCCCUUGCUCAAAGGAAAGAGGAAAGGAAAGCUAUUCUCACCAACCAAUACAUGCAGAGGCUGGCCACCAUGAGGGCCAUGCCUGGGCCACUCUUCUGCUCCUUCCAGCCUCCAGCAGGCUACUUCCUGCCUUCCAUUCCACAGCCACAAACCAGAACGACCUUCUACAAUCCCAGCCCGGUUGCCCCUGUCCGACCUGCCCCCCGGUGGAAUGCACAGCCCUCGAGGCCUCCGUCCACCCCCAUCCUGAGGAAUAGCGCACCUCCAAGGCGCAUGCUGUCUAACAUCAGCACCAUGAGGCAAGCGUCUACUCAAGCUCCCCGGGUACCACACCAUGCUCAGAGAGUGGCCAACAUAGGAACCCAGACCAUUGGUAAUCGGGCGCCUUCCUCGCCAACAUUCUCUCGGGGUAUCUCUCAAUACAAGUAUAACCCAGCAGUGAGGAAUAUGCAUCCUUUGAACACUGUAACACCUAUGCCAAUUCAGCAGGUCAUAGAGCCAGCUGUUCACAUCCAUGGACAGGAGCCACUGACAGCAUCUAUGCUGGCUGCAGCCCCACCUCAGGAGCAGAAGCAGAUGCUUGGUGAACGUCUCUACCCCCUGAUUCAAUCAAUGCACCCCUCACUGGCUGGGAAGAUCACAGGCAUGCUUUUGGAGAUAGAUAAUUCUGAGCUGUUGCUUUUGCUGGAGUCGCCGGAAUCCCUGCACUGUAAGAUCGAAGAAGCAGUCACUGUCUUGCAAGCACACCAGAUCUCUGAAUCCACCCAUAAGAGCAGCUCAGCAGCCUUUCUCCAGUGAUCAAGGAAAACAGACUGACCCGUUGCACUGUGUCAUAAAAGCCAGAAGAGAGAGCAGCAGCAGCAGCCAACCACAUCACCAAUAUGUUAUCACUUCCUUCUUGUGUGUACACAGGCCUGGGUCUCAGACAAAACCUAACUCUGUUGUGAAUUCUACUUUCAUUUGUGCACUUAAGAGCCACUGCAGUUUCUUUUCCUCACUAGCCAAUUGUAUCUCGGUUUGAAAUACACGUGCUUAUAUAUCUCACAUGAGUGAUGUACUGGCCGUCCUAGUAUGGAUGUUGGGAGGUUGAAGUGGAGCAAAAUCAGUUCUGCUGUAACUGGUGGACAAGAAAACUCUUGGUUCUGUUUGUUCAGAAGUUAUUUUCUCAACACGAGUGAUUUUUAUUACCUUUCAUCUUGGGGGGCGGGGGGGAGGUGACGCUGGGCGGCCUGCACUGAUUUUUUUUAAUUUGUUCCUGUUCACACCAUAAAGAACAUAAGCUUCACUUCA